GGCUUAUAAAUUUUUAAAAUGAUUCAAACUUUUCAACAAAUUUGUCUUAUUGUCAAAUCCUUUGAACCAGCAAGAAUAAAAUAGAGUUAUAGAAUGUGGGAUAUAAUCCGUUUCGUUGACUAAUUCAUCGCAAGCAUCCACCUUUGUCUGGUUCUGUAAUCGUAGCUUUACAAAAGUCUCUCUUUUAAAUGUUGCCUUCGAUAAAUAUGCUGCAUUCGAUCAGUCAUACAUAAUACAUAUGCCUCUGCCAGUGGUGUUUCUUUCUGUGUUUCCUGUAUUGCAAUUUGCUGCUGCUUCCGUUCUGGGUUGUUCUCCGCUCACCUUUUAUGAUCCCGCAUGAUUCUGUCGAGUCUGCUGCUCUUUAAUAGGUUUCACAUGGGUUCUAUGGAUUCUCAAGCCGACGAGGAUGUUGAAAAGCCCUGUUCUUCAAAUCCCAGAGAUUCUCGUCUAGUGGCCAAAAUUAGUAGAAGGAAGCAAUUAUUCUGCAGUUGGUCCAAUGGAGACGCCCCGAAGGAAGAAGAUGACGAAACAAUUAACUGGGAAACGUGAGGACACUCCCCUGCAUUCGGCAGCAAGAGCAGGGAACCUACCUGUGGUCAUGGAAAUCCUAACCCAAGCCACAGAGGAAGAGCUUAAGGAAUUAUUGUUGAAGCAGAACCAGUCAGGAGAAACAGCCUUUUAUGUGGCUGCUGAAUACGGUUAUGUUGAUGUUGUAGAAGAUAUGGUCAAGUACUAUGAUAUUGUAUCUGCAAGCAUCAAAGCCAAGAAUGGCUAUGAUGCCUUUCACAUUGCAGCGAAGCAAGGGGACCUGGAGGUGGUGAAAGUGUUGCUGGAGGCCCUACCAGAGCUAUCUAUGACAGUUGAUCUCUCAAAUACCACAGCUUUGCAUUCGGCUGCAGCGCAAGGCCACAUUGAGGUGGUUAAUAUCCUCUUGGAGCGAGGUAGCAACUUGGCCACCAUAGCCAAAAGCAAUGGGAAAACGGCCCUGCAUUCAGCGGCAAGGAAUGGCCAUUUGGAGGUUGUUAAGGCCCUUCUAAGCAAAGAACCUGGGAUAGCUGGGAGGAAUGACAAGAAGGGCCAGACGGCUCUCCACAUGGCUGUGAAAGGACAGAAAAUUGAGCUGGUGGAGGAGCUUAUCGAGUUAGACCCUUCUUUGAUCAACAUGGUUGAUACCAAGGGCAACACAGCACUACAUAUAGCAUGCAGGAAGGCUCGGUCUCAGAUUGUAAGGAAGCUAUUAAGCUUCAGCGUUACCAAUAAAACGGCUGUCAAUAGGUCAGGGGAAACAGCUCUUGACACUGCUGAGAAAAUGGGAGUCUCAGAACUGAUGCUGAUCCUACAGGCGAAUGGUGUCCAGAGUGCCAGGGCCAUCAAGCCAUCACAGACAAGCACAGCCCGAGAACUGAAACAGACUGUGAGUGACAUAAAACAUGAGGUUCACUACCAGCUAGAGCAAGCCCGCAACACAAGAAAACAUGUGCAGGGGAUAGCCCACAGGAUCACUGAAAUGAACACAGAGGGCCUCAACAAUGCAAUCAACUCCACAACGAUUGUUGCUGUCCUUAUUGCCACCGUGGCUUUUGCUGCCAUCUUCACCGUCCCUGGCCAGUAUGUCGAUGACCCUGAAGAUAUACCUCCUGGGUCCUCCCUUGGGGAAGCAAACAUUUCUCAUAGAACGCCUUUUAUAAUCUUCUUCGUCUUUGAUUCCAUUGCCCUCUUCAUAUCCCUGGCUGUUGUGGUAGUACAGACUUCAGUUAUAGUAAUAGAAAGCCAAGCCAAGAAACAGAUGAUGGCAAUUAUGAACAAGCUGAUGUGGUUGGCUUGUGUUCUUGUGUCUGUAGCAUUCUUGGCAAUGGCAUUUAUUGUGGUUGGUGAUCAUGAGAGGUGGUUGGCAAUUGCUGUGACAAUCAUAGGGACAACAAUCAUGGCAACGACACUGGGCACCUUGUGUUAUUGGGUAGUUAUGCACCGGAUUCGUGCCUCAAAUUUGAGGUGCAUUCGGAGGUCAUCGUUGGGGAGCAGGUCACGGUCGUUCUCCAUGUCUGUGUUAUCAGAUAAAGAACUUCUGAGCAAUAAGACCAUGUAUGCAAUUUGAGAUCUUCUGGUCAGAACACCAGAUAGCAUAUUUCUUGAUGGCUUUGUUUGGUUGUAAGGGGAAUGCAAAUUUUUUAUGUAAAGUGGAAUUUUUUUCCUAGAAAAAAUAAAUUUAGAUUUUUGAUUGGCGAGUGGUAGCAUGACGUAUGU